AGCAGCAGCAGCAGCAACAGCAGCAGCGACAUGACGUCCUCUGGAAUGAACACCAUGGGCAGGAUCAUCUUCUACGAGGAGAGGAACUUCCAGGGCCGCUCCUACGAGUGCACGAGCGACUGUCCCGACAUGUCCUCCUACCUGAGCAGGUGCCAGUCCUGCAGGGUGGAGAGAGGCUGCUUCAUGGUGUACGAGCGCAACAACUACAUGGGAAACCAGUACUUCAUGAGGAGGGGGGAGUACGCCGACUACAUGGCCAUGAUGGGCAUGAGCGACUCCAUCAAGUCCUGCCGCAUGAUCCCCAUGCACAGGGGAUCCUUCAGGAUGAGGAUCUACGAGAGGGAGAACUUCGGGGGUCAGAUGUCCGAGCUGAUGGACGACUGCGACAACGUCAUGGACCGCUUCCGCAUGUCCAACUGCAUGUCCUGCCACGUGAUGGACGGCCACUGGCUGAUGUACGAGCAGGCCCAGUACCGGGGCAGGAUGAUGUACGUGAGGCCCGGCGAGUACAGGAACUUCAUGAACAUGGGCGGCAGCGGCAUGAGGUUCAUGAGCAUGAAGCGCAUCUCUGACUCCUGCUACUAG